AGCAGAAUCGCUCGCGGCGGGACGCCUUUUUUGCGUGCGCAACACAUCGCUAUAAAACGCGACGAGCACUUGGAAUGGAGCAUCAGUUUCUUCUUUGCUCAAUUCAGCAGCAAACAAGCGCUAAACUCAGUCUCGUCAUGAUCCAAUUGAACACUUUGGUGGUACUUUCCGUGGCUAUUUACGCCGUCGUUGCCCGACCAACGGAAUCUUCAAUUAAAUCUACCACCACACUUGAAUCCGCUGAAUCGGUCGAUGUCCGUCAAGGAUGGAGUCAAGGGCAGAAGUAUGCAAACUCUUAUCCUAUCGGACAAUCUGGAACUGGUUAUUACUCAAAUCCUGCUGUCGCUACUGGAUCUUAUCCGGCAGGGAACACUCGUCCUGCUUAUGCCUACGACAACGCGUUUCCCGAUCAGGUAAACUUUGCCGGUGCUGACGCCCAUCGCGAAAUCGCAUCGAUGUUCACCAUUCCAAACGGUGGAUUGGUUUCUAACCCUGUUCGAAAUCAAGUGGCUGGAUUCGCUCCGACUGGAUACCAAGCACAAGCUGGAGUCGCCGCUUCUGCAUCGGCCAUCUCCGUUUCAUCUUGAAUCUUCAAAUUUCAGAUUCUUACACUACACAGAAUUUUCCGUCUAGUGCAUUGUAUAAAUUAACACUUUGGGCGUCAAUAUAUUGUUUACAUCAUA